UCUGCGGGCGCCGGGCAGCUGCAGCGGGCGGCCGGGGCUGCGCGCUCGGGACGCGCGGAAUGUGAGGCGCGGCGAGCCGCUGCGCACCGACGCUCCCUCGCUCGCUCGUUGCUCGCUCGCUCGCUCGCUCCCUCGCUCUCCUCUGGCUCGCUCUCCUCUGGCUCGCGCGCGCGAAGGGCGGCGACCCCUUGGCGGACGGUCGGCCGCGCCCCGCGCUCCGUGUCGCGCGGGUCCCGGGGGGCUCUUCGCCCCCGCGCGCGCCCUUGUGCCCUCCCGGUGCCCUCCAGCGCGCGCCGGCGGGACCAUGAAGAAGUUCUCUCGGAUGCCCAAGUCGGAGGGCAGCGGCGGCGGCGGCGGCGGCGGCGGCGGCGGCGGGGCGGCGGCUGGCGGGGCCGCGGGCGCCGGGCUCGGCGGCGGCGGCGGCGGCUUCGCAGGCUCGUCCGUGGGGGUCCGGGUGUUCGCCGUCGGCCGCUACCAGGUCACCCUGGAGGAGUCGCUGGCCGAAGGUGGAUUCUCCACUGUUUUCCUGGUGCGGACUCACGGUGGGAUCCGAUGUGCACUGAAGCGAAUGUAUGUCAAUAACACAGCCGACCUCAACAUUUGUAAAAGGGAAAUCACAAUUAUGAAGGAACUAUCUGGCCACAAAAACAUUGUUGGUUAUUUGGACUGUGCUGUCAAUUCAAUUAGUGAUAAUGUGUGGGAAGUGCUUAUUUUAAUGGAAUAUUGCCGAGCUGGGCAGGUAGUGAAUCAGAUGAAUAAGAAGCUGCAGACGGGCUUUACUGAAUCAGAAGUCUUACAGAUCUUCUGCGACACCUGUGAAGCCGUGGCAAGAUUGCAUCAAUGUAAGACUCCCAUAAUCCACCGGGAUCUGAAGGUAGAAAAUAUUUUGCUAAAUGAUGCUGGAAAUUAUGUGCUUUGUGACUUUGGCAGCGCCACUAAUAAAUUUCUCAAUCCUCAAAAAGAUGGAGUUAAUGUAGUAGAGGAAGAAAUUAAAAAAUACACGACUCUGUCAUAUAGAGCCCCAGAAAUGAUCAACCUUUACGGCGGGAAACCCAUCACCACCAAGGCUGAUAUCUGGGCCCUGGGGUGUUUACUGUACAAACUUUGUUUCUUCACUCUUCCUUUCGGUGAGAGUCAGGUUGCUAUCUGUGACGGCAGCUUCACCAUCCCAGACAGUUCUCGCUACUCCCAUAACAUACAUUGUUUGAUAAGGUUCAUGCUUGAACCAGAUCCGGAGCAUAGACCUGACAUAUUUCAAGUAUCCUACUUUGCUUUUAAAUUCGCCAAAAAGGAUUGUCCAGUUUCCAACAUCAAUAAUUCUUCUCUUCCCUCAACUCUUCCUGAACCGAUGACUGCUAGCGAAGCUGCUGCUAGGAAAAGCCAAAUGAAAGCCAGAAUAACAGAUACCAUUGGACCAACAGAAACCUCAAUUGCACCAAGACAACGACCAAAGGCCAAUUCCACUGCUGCCACUUCCGGUGUGCUGACCAUUCACAGUUCAGCAACGCCUGUUAAAGUACCUGCUCCUGCUGAAUUCAAUAACCACAAGCCAAAAGGAGCACUGAGACCUGGAAGUGGUUCUGAAGUCUUAAUGGGUCAGGGCCCCCCUCAGCAACCACCACAGCAACAUAGAGUCCUGCAGCAGUUACAGCAGGGAGACUGGAGAUUACAGCAACUUCAUUUGCAUCGUGUUCCGCAGCAGCAGCAGCAGCAGCAGCAGCAGCAGCAGCAGCAGCAGCUACUUCAAAAUGCUUAUUUGCAGCAGUAUCAGCAUGCAAUGCAGCAGCAACAGAUACUUCAACAGCAGUUUUUAAUGCAUUCAGUCUAUCAGCCACAUCCUCCAGCAUCACAAUAUCCUACAAUGAUGCAGCAGUAUCAGCAGGCUUUCCUGCAGCAGCAGAUGUUAGCUCACCAUCAGCAGCCUCGGCAGCAGGCAUCCCCCGAGUAUCUUACCUCCCCUCACGAGUUCUCACCAGCCUUAGUUUCCUACGCUUCGUCACUUCCCGCUCAGCUUGGAGCCAUAGUGGAUUCCUCUUAUGGUGCCAAUAAGUCAGUUGCUGAGAAAGAGGCGGUCGCACAUUUUACGAAUGAGAAGACCGUCAGUCACCCGCCUGAUAUGUCAGGGUGGAAUCCUUUCGGAGAAGACAACUUCUCCAAGUUAACAGAAGAGGAGCUGCUGGACAGGGAGUUCGACCUGCUCAGAUCAAACAGGCUCGAGGAGAGUGCACCCUCAGAUAAGAAUGUAGACCCACCCUCUGCUCCACAUAGCCAUCCUCCGGAAGACCCCUUUGGUUCUGUCCCUUUCAUUUCUCACUCAGGUUCUCCUGAAAAGAAAACUGAACACUCUCCAACUCAAAAAAAUAUCACUGCAAAUCCUACCAAAAACGGAAGCACAAGUCCAAUAUGCAAAGAUCAGCGGGCUGUAAAGAAAACCUCAGAGAAUCCAGCAGUCCGGGGUCCAGUGCAGAAGGGGAAUGAUGAUUCUGAGAGCGACUUUGAAUCAGACCCCCCUUCUCCUAAGAGCAGUGAAGAAGAACAAGAGGACGAGGACGCUCAGGGAGAACACGGGGACUUUAAUGAUGAGGACACCGAGCCGGAGAACUUGGGUCACAGGCCUCUGCUCAUGGACUCUGAAGAUGAGGAAGAGGAAGACAAACACAGCUCUGACUCAGAGUAUGAACAGGCUAAAGCCAAGUGUGGAGACCUGAGCUCCCUGCACAGAGACAAACCUGCUGGUGGGCGGAGCCCAGCCCGUGACCCCCCACUCCUCUCCCCUGCCCAUUCUCCAGCUGAUGCCCCGACUCCCGGUCAGGAGUUCGAUGUGUUUGGUGCUGUUCCCUUCUUUGCAGUGCCGCAGCACAGAGGGAAUGGGAAGAACCUCUCCAGGCCGACAUUUCCGGAGCAGGAGGACUUUGAUGUGUUCACAAAGGCACCCUUCAACAAGAAGGUCCAGGACUGGCCCGCGGUGGGCUCCGACACCCGCCCCCUGCCUGCGCGGCCCAGGAGUGUAGAUAUCUUUGGCUCCACCCCCUUUCAGCCGUUUUCCACAUCCGCGGCGAGCAGAAGUGAAAGCAGGGAGGAUGUUUUCGGGCUCGUCCCCUUUGAAGAAAUAACUGGGAGCCAGCAACAAAAAGUCAAACAGCGCAGCCUGCAGAAACUGUCUUCUCGCCAGAGACGCACAAAGCAGGACAUGUCCAAAAGCAAUGGGAAGCGCCACCAUGGCACACCCACCAGCGCAAAGAAGACGCUGAAGCCCCCCUACCGCACCCCUGAGAGGGCUCGCAGACACAAAAAGGUGGGCCGCCGAGACUCACAAAGCAGCAGUGAGUUCUUAACCAUUUCAGACUCCAAGGAGAACAUCAGCGUUGCCCUGACCGACGGCAAAGACAGGGGCAGUGUCCUGCAACCCGAGGAGAGCCUGCUGGACCCCUUUGGUGCCAAGCCCUUCCACCCGCCAGAGCUGUCGUGGCACCAGCCCCAUCAGGGCCUAAGUGACAUCCGUGUUGAUCACAGUGCCAUCCUGCCCGGGAGGCCCAGGCAGAAUUCAGUGCAUGGGUCAUUCCAUAGUGCAGACGCGUUGAGAAUGGAUGACUUCGGUGCCGUGCCCUUCACAGAACUCGUGGUGCAAAGCCUGGCUCCACAUGAGUCCCAACAGCCCCAGCCAGUGGAAUUGGACCCAUUUGGUGCUGCUCCAUUCCCCUCUAAACAGUAGAUGCUCCAGGUGGACUCGGCAAUAACU